CAGAAUUAUUGUUGUCGAAGUCAACAUGAGCAUGCGAGAGCCGCUGGUGACCGUAGCGACAUGCAACUUGAAUCAAUGGGCUUUGGACUUUGAUGGCAACUUGGCUCGCAUUGUGCAGUCCAUCCGCAUCGCGAAGGAGCGCGGCGCCACGUACCGCCUCGGUCCCGAGUUGGAAAUCUGUGGCUACGGGUGCGAAGACCACUUCCUCGAGGCGGACACGUUCUACCAUUGCUGGGAAAGCUUGGUAACGCUGCUGCAGAGCGACGUGACGGACAACAUCCUUUGCGACAUUGGCAUGCCGGUCAUGCACCUUGGGGUGCGGUACAACUGCCGCGUGUUUUGCUUGGACCGCAAGAUUGUGUUCAUUCGACCCAAGCUGUACUUGGCGGACGACGGCAAUUACCGCGAAAAGCGCUGGUUUACGACAUGGAAGAUCCACGCCGACCCGACUUUGAACCUGCAAGCGCACAUGCUGCCUCCCAUGAUCCAGCAUUUGACUGGUCAAAUCGAAGUGCCGUUUGGAAUCGGCGCCAUCGCCACCAGAGACUCUGUCAUUUCGUCGGAGACGUGCGAAGAGCUGUUUACACCCGACUCGCCACACAUUUCCCUCGCGUUAGGAGGCGUCGAGAUCAUCGGCAACGGAUCAGGAUCCCACCACCAACUGCGCAAGUUGGAGCAUCGCAUCGACUUGAUUCGCGGCGCGUCCGCCAAGGCGGGAGGCGUGUACUUGUAUGCGAACCAGCAAGGAUGCGACGGCGGACGCCUCUACUACGACGGAUGUGCGCUGAUCGUCGUGAACGGCCACAUUGUCGCGCAAGGGUCGCAGUUUUCCGUCACGGACGUCGAAGUGAUCACGGCGGUGGUGGACCUGGAUGACGUGCGGUCGUACCGUGGGGCGGUGAGCUCCCGCAGCGAACAAGCGAGCUCGCCGGACCACCGCAGCCUUUCCCGCGUGCCAGUGCAUUUCCAUAUGAGCCAGCCCAAGGAUGGGUUUUACCAGCAGACGACGCCGCGCAUCGACGCGAGACUUCACACCCCCGAGGAAGAAAUCGCAUUUGGCCCAGCUUGUUGGCUGUGGGACUACCUCCGACGGAGCAAGGCCAAGGGCUUUUUCCUGCCCUUGUCGGGGGGAGCCGACAGCGCGUCCGUGGCUGCGAUCGUGGGGGUCAUGUGCCACCUCGCCACCGCCGCCGCCAAUGCUGGUGAUGCCCAAGUCCAGCAUGACAUUCAGUACCUGUUGGACGUGGAAGGCACUCCGUAUGUAGCGUUAUCGGCGUCGGAACUGGCCAAUUCGGUGCUGCAUACAACAUACAUGGGCACGGAGAACAGCUCGACGGCGACGAAGGCCCGCGCCACGCGCCUUGCCGCGGAAAUCGGGAGCUACCACCUGAACAUGGUGAUCGACACGAUGGUGUCGGCGGUCGUGUCGACGUUUUCGCUGCUUGUGGGCAUGACGCCCAAGUUUGGCGUCCACGGAGGCACGCCGUCCGAGGACCUGGCGCUGCAAAACAUCCAGGCGCGGCUCCGCAUGGUGAUGGCGUACCUGUUGGCGCAGUUGUUGCCGUGGGUGCGGUCUCGGUCUGGCUUUCUGCUCGUGUUGGGGUCGGCCAACGUCGACGAAGCGCUGCGCGGGUACAUGACCAAGUACGACUGCAGCAGCGCCGACUUGAACCCGAUUGGCGCCGUGUCCAAGACGGACCUGAAGCGCUUGCUUGUGUACGCCGCGGCGGAAUACGCGUACCCGACGCUGGCCGAGAUUGUGGCGGCGCCUCCGACCGCCGAGCUUCGUCCGACGUCGGGGGACGGCGAGCACACGCAAGUGGAUGAAGAAGACAUGGGCAUGACGUAUGUCGACGAAUGUAGAAGCGUUCGCAGUAGGCUGAUUUGGAUGGAUGUAUGUAUAGGUACGACGAAUUGAGCUGGUUUGGCCGCCUUCGCAAGAUUGACCGGUGCGGACCGUUGUGGAUGUUUCGCAAACUCGGGGGCAUCUGGUCGCACUUGUCCCCGGUUGAGAUCGCGGCGAAAGUGAAGCGAUUCUUCUUUUACUACGGCAUCAACCGCCACAAAAUGACGACGUUGACGCCAUCGUACCACGCCGAGAACUACUCCCCCGACGACAACCGGUACGUCAUGUGCACCCUUGUGGUGUCGUCUGCAUGAGGCUUGGGUGAUGAUGGUCGUCGUGCACUUCUUGUAGCUUUGACUUGCGUCCGUUCCUGUACAACUCGAAGUGGACGCGGCAAUUCCAGUCCAUCGACGCUCUCGCCAGCGAAAUGGACCAACCCAAGGAAAAGGCGGAAUGAAACCGUCGUUUUGCAAAUCUAACCUCUAUGUUUGGAUAACACGCAACACAUUGAAUUUUGGA